AUGGACGUGGUGACGCCUGCGCAGCUUGAGGCCAAGAUCCGCCAGGACAUCGGUGCGACUCUCGUGGAAGCCGUCGAUCUGUCCGACGGAUGCGGCAGUAAGUUCAGCCUCGUGGUCGUUCACGAAGGCUUCGAAGGUCAAUCGCUGCUGGAGCGCCAGCGCCGAGUGAACGACUGUCUAAAGGAGGAGAUGACGCGCAUCCAUGCUCUACAGAUGAAGACAUGGACGCCAGUGCAGUAUGAGCAGAAGACGCAGAAGAAGCUGCCGUCGAGUGGCAGUAGCUAG